AAUGGGUUACAGGGAUACUACCUUGCCAAUGCGUCUGGCUUUCGUUUAGACGCAGCACCGAUAAACAUUGUAUCCAACCCCGCAGCGAGUGACCCAACCGUACGGAACGGGUUAUCCUGUUUAGGUUGUCAUACAGAGGGUAUGAAGACCUUUGAGGAUCAGGUACGUUCAGUGAUAGAGAGUAAUGCCACCCCCGCUUAUGACAAAGCACAAGCAUUGAGACUAUACGUUGAACAAUCAGAGAUGGACGCACGCUUGGGCGAAGAUAUGGAUAGGUAUAGGGUGGCACUGACAAAGACGGGUGGGUGCGGUUGGUGACAUAGAGCCAAUUUCACGAUUCCAUGAGGUGUUUCAGGGACCGUGGACGCUGCGUAUGCCGCUGCUGUGGUUGGAUUAGAGACCGAAGCCUUCCAAGAAAAGAUUCGUGAGAAUAUAGGGCUACAGAACGCGGGUUUGUUGGUGUUAGACAGUGAGAAUGGGAGUAUGAAAGAGAUGC